CGGGAAGCCACGCCCCGCCCCUCGGCCGGGUCUCUAGCCGCCGCCACGAGGACAGCAUGGCAGGCGCUGAGUUGCGGGCGGCGCUGGAGCAGCGGCUCGCCGCCCUGGCCAUUCGCACAGAGGUCGUGGAGCACCCAGAGCGCAACAUAUUGAGAACUUGUGCAUCUCAAACUGGCCUGGGUAUGUAAGUUGCCAAGCAGUAAAACGUUUCUGCAGAGGCUAUGAUGCAUGCGGGACACCAAGGUGUUUACAGUUGAAGAAAUGAUGCCUCAUAUCCAGCAUUUGAAAGGCGCACACAGUAAGAACUUAUUUCUUAAGGACAAAAAGAAAAAAGGCUAUUGGCUGGUGACAGUUCUUCAUGAUAGACAAAUUAAUUUAAAUGAUCUGGCCAAGCAGUUAGGCGUCGGGAGUGGAAACCUGCGGUUUGCUGAUGAAGCAGCCAUGCUAGAAAAACUGAAAGUUGGCCAAGGUUGUGCCACACCAUUGGCACUCUUCUGUGAUGAUGGAGAUGUGAAGUUUGUUCUGGAUUCUGCCUUUUUGGAAGGUGGAUAUGAAAAGGUGUACUUUCAUCCAAUGACCAACGCUGCAACCAUGGGAUUGAGCCCUGAAGACUUUCUCACAUUUGUGAAGAACACAGGACAUGAUCCCAUAAUACUAAACUUUGAUAAAAACUAAUUGGGCUAAAGUUCAGAGUAUUUAUUUCUGAAAGCUGUUUUUCUUACCUGUAAUUAUAAAAAGCAUUAAAAAUGGGAAGACAUAUCUA